AUGCUCACCUGCAGCACUGAGCAGGACAUAAUUCAAGUUUCCAGGUGCCAUCCACCCAAAGAAAUCUAUUCUAAUCCAGGUCCCACACACAUCCCACCUGACCAACAACACCUUAUCUUUAUGGGAGAGCCGCUCCUCCAUCCCUCACUUCCCACCAUUGACAACUAUGACGAGUUAUAUCCUUUACAGCAGUGGGAAGACCCAGGCGCGUACAUCAGAUCCUAUCCUUCACAGUGGUGGGGAGACCCAGGCGCGUACAUCAGAUCCUACCCUUCACAGCGGUGGGGAGACCCAGGCGCGUACAUCACAUGUUCAGACCCAGGCGCAUACAUCAGAUCCUCAGGUCCCUCCACAUCCUUUGGCGCUUCACCCUCUCCCACACAUGUCAGCGCUACACCGUUCCCUAGCGCUCAUGAUGUGCCUCCUCCCACUAUAGGUCCCUUCCCACAUGUUGCCAUUGCGCCCUCCACUGGCGCUCAUUAUGCGCCUCCUGGUGCCCUUGGUAGCCCUUCCCAAGUCGCGGGCAUGAAACACCACUUUGCUGCAUCACCCGCUCCUCUUCCUGCCCCCCCCCCCAACCAUUCGAAAUUCCCACCAAACCCCCAACGACCCGCUCUCAGUCCAUCUCAUCCUCCUUCCCCCAGCACUUAUUUGUUCCAUCCGGUACUUCCUACCUAUAGCUGA